UCUCUCUCUGUCUCCCCCAUGGAUUCAUCUAAAGAGGUCUCACUCGAGAUCUUCCCCUACAUCAGAAUCUACAAAGAUGGCACCUUCGACCGCCUCGCCGGCUUCGAGAUCGCCCCGCCAGGCCUCGACCCUGACACCAGAGUCGAGUCCAAGGACAUCCUCAUCCUCCCCGACACUGGCAUCUCUGCUCGAAUCUACCGCCCCUCCUCCGCCUCAGCUGCCAUGAAACUCCCCCUCAUCGUCUACUUCCAUGGCGGGGCCUUCAUCAUCGCCUCCAUCGCCGACCCCAAGUAUCACGCCAGCCUCAAUGCCCUUGUCGCCGAGUCCAAUGUCGUGGUCAUCUCUGUUGACUAUCGCCGAGUCCCCGAGCACCCCCUACCCGUAGCCUAUGACGACUCCUAUGCUGCUCUGCAGUGGAUUGCAUCCGAGGAAGCCCGGAGCGAGCCGUGGCUCAGGGACCAUGCCGACUUCGACAGGCUCUUCCUCGUCGGUGACAGCGGCGGUGCCAACAUGUCUCACCACUUAGCCAUGCGACUCAGGGAUGACGCACUGGGCAAGCGGGUCAAGCUCUCGGGGAUUGGGAUGAUACAACCCUACUUCUGGGGCGAGAAACCAAUCGGUGCGGAGGUGGCAGAUCCUGGCCGGAAGGCAUGGGUGGACAGCUGGUGGCGGUUUGUGUGCGUGUCGGACAAGGGGUGCGACGACCCACUGAUCAACCCGUUCGCAGACGGCCCCGGCGUGGACGGGCUGGCGUGCGAGAAGGUGCUGGUUAUCGUGAGCGAGAAGGACAUACUGAGGGACAGAGGGAGGCUGUACUACGAUAAGCUGGUGGAGAGCGGCGGGCCGGCAGCAGCGGAGAUCAUGGAGAUUGACGGCGAGGAUCACGUAUUCUACAUCUUUGACCCGUGCUGCGAAAAGGCAAAGAGACUGUUCAAACGCGUAGCCGCGUUCGUCAACGGCGAUCGUGUUGAUCCCAAGAUGGGUGCAUGAAACAAGGGAGAUGUUGAAAAAAUGAGGGCUUUUUCCGAAGUUUCCGCAUUACUUUUCCUGUCGCUGCUAAAGUUUCUGGUCGUCGCCAUGUUGUGGGUGAUCGUCAAUACAUUCUUGCCCCCGAGAGUGUGGGUAGCU